GUACACUACAAUGUUGGGAAAAACCUGGCUGAUAAAGGAAAUCAAAGCGCUGCAAUCAAAUACUACAGAGAAGCUGUAAGGUUGAAUCCUAAAUACGUACAUGCCAUGAACAACCUUGGAAAUAUUCUGAAAGAAAGAAAUGAGCUCCAAGAAGCAGAGGAGUUGCUGUCCUUAGCUGUACAAAUACAACCUGAUUUUGCUGCUGCAUGGAUGAAUCUAGGAAUAGUACAGAACAGUUUAAGAAGGUUUGAAGAGGCAGAGCAAAGCUACUGGACAGCAAUUAAACACAGGAAAAAAUAUCCAGAUUGUUACUACAAUUUAGGGCGGUUGUAUGCAGAUUUGAAUCGCCAUAUAGAUGCACUGAAUGCGUGGAGGAAUGCUACAGUUCUGAAACCAGAGCAUAGUUUGGCUUGGAACAAUAUGAUUAUAUUGCUUGAUAACACAGGCAAUCUAGCUCAAGCAGAAGCAGUUGGAAGAGAGGCCCUGCAAUUAAUUCCUAAUGAUCAUUCUCUUAUGUUUUCAUUGGCAAAUGUACUGGGGAAAUCGCAAAAAUAUAAGGAAUCUGAAGCUUUGUUCCUCAAGGCAAUUAAAGCAAAUCCAAAUGCUGCCAGUUAUCAUGGUAAUUUGGCUGUGCUUUAUCAUCGCUGGGGAAAUCUUGACUUAGCAAAGAAGCACUAUGAAGUCUCUCUGAAGCUUGAUCCUAUGGCACCCGGGACCAGGGAAAACUACAACCUCUUAAGACGAAAACUGGAGCAAUUGCAAAAGAAAGGCGGUGCCUGA